UAGCUGAAAGGAUCUUAAAGGAUAAAGAAGACACUCCUGGACUCCAUGGUGGUGGUGAUGCAUCUCCUUCUUGUACAUGUGAUAUUCAAGGGAUUUUUCCAAGGAUAUAUGACUGGAUCUAAAAGGUUGAUGGGAGUGGAACCAGUCUGCAGAUUUCUCACAUGAUGGACUGCAACGACUCCCAUGCUCUGCUCUCUGGAGAGCACCUCAUCUACGCCAUCACCAUACCCCUGUCCACCUCCAUCAUCUUGGCCAACCUCGUCAUCAUCAUGGGCAUCGCCUGGAACCGUCAGCUCCACAACACGCCCAACUACUUCUUCCUCAGCCUGCUGGUGGCAGAUCUGUGCACGGGGGUGGCGCUGCCUUUCAUACCGUUAAUGGGUCUGAACCGAGAGUUGAGUUUCAGCUCCUGCCUGGUGGCUCACAUUUUCCCAAACUUCCUCUUCCUGGCGUUCCUUUUGAAUCUGGUGAUGGUCCACUAUGAGCGCUACAUCUGCAUCGUCGACCCCCUGCAUUACAACAACCUGUGGAUGCACCGCAGCUUCCCUCUGGCGUUGCUUGUGGUUUGGACGCCUCCACUUCUGUACGCAUCUCUACCUGCUUUUGGGUGGAAUAACUGGACAGGGCCUGAUUGGAACGGCUGUUGUGCAAUUAGCCAAAAUACAACUCUACUUUCAAACUGUUCAAUAAACAGACCAACGUGCUGCUCGUACAGGCGAGUAUUCCCCAACGCUUUUAUCUACUUGGAGGUGUAUGGACUGGUCUUACCUGCUAUUCUCACCAUCGCUGGCAUGACUGGCCGUGUUUUGUGGAUCACCCGAGGCCAGCUGAAGGACAUCUGUCGCCUCCAUCGCUCAGUAGAGAGGGGAAGUCAGGCCUCGGACCAAGAACAGAGGCUUAACCUGCGUUACACUCGCUGCGUGGUGGCGGUGUCUCUGACCUUUCUGGCAUGCUGGGUACCCUACCUCAUCUACAUGCACGUCUGCAUCGGAUUCUUGAUCAGCGACACCAAGAGGAGCUCCACCACUCACAUCGUGCUGUCGUGCGCCGGGAUUGGAAGCAUGGCCGUGGUGCCGCUGGUGCUCGGCCUAGUCAACAGGCAGUACACAGAACCUGCAUAUAAACUUGUCCAGAAACUCAGAGACAGGUGGAGGACGCAGGGGUCCGAAGAAGUGGCGGUCUGAGAAGAAACUGAUGAAUAUUUAUGAAGAUGAAUCUGUUAGAAAUUAUGCUGCUAGGGUUUGUUUUCACAGUCGGCAUGCUAUGCUCACAAUGCUAACGUGCUGGUUUUUAGCAGGUGGUAUGCUAUACAUACAUAAGACUAUACUCUUAUUUCUCCUUGUCCUGCCUGUGCUUGUUAUCAGUUUAGAUCUUUUCCAAGUUUCAACCACCUGCCAGCAAUGUUUACUCCACUCGUGUUUAUCUACUGGUAUGCAAGAUGAAGAGGGGAAAGGGAUGCACCCAAUCCAGAGCUGGCCCGAUCCAUUAAGCGACAUAAGCGUCCGCUUAGGGCCCCGCAGCCACUAAGGUCAUAGUUAGCUUAGCUAAGCAUCAA